GCGGCCGUUUCCCGCGGCUCCCCUCCGCAGAGCAGGGACGAGAGCCUGCUCAGACUGGGUCAGCCUCAUGGCUUCCGCGGGGGACGCCGGAGCCUUUCAGUGACAGGACAGUGCCUCUCCGUACUUCCCUGCAGCUAACAACCGGUCGGCUGGCCUGCCCUGCUGGAUCAAAUAUGAUGACCUCAAACUUGCCAUCCUUCUGCCUCAUCCUCCCGAGUACAGGAAUGACAGCAUCUCUCAAGAACAUCAGCAAGGAUAAAAAAGUGGUUCCAACUUCUGAAAAAGAACAGCAAGACAUUCUAAAGAAAAAAACUAUACCUGUGCUGCUAGAAACUUCAGUAGAAACAGAAGUCCAAAGAGAACCACCAGUGGCACAAGAGUCACAAGAAGAAUUAUCACCAAGACCAGAAAACCAAAUGCUAGAACAAGAAUCUCCUGAACAGUCAUCCUUGGGACAAACUCUUCAAGAAGAGAUAACUGAGCAACAAGAAUUCAGUAGAGAGUCAUCCUUGGGACCACCAUCCCCAGAACAAAGACUUGAGCAACAAGAAUCCCCUGAGCAGUCAUCCUUGGGACCACCAUCCCCAGAACAAAGUCCUGAGCAACAAAAGUCCUCUGAGCAGUCAUCCUUGGGACCACCAUCCCCAGAACAAAGACCUGAGCAACAAGAAUCCCCUGAGCAGUCAUCCUUGGGGCCACCAUCCCCAGAACAAAGACCUGAGCAACACGAAUCCCCUGAGCAGUCAUCCUUGGGGCUACCAUCCCCAGAACAAAGACCUGAGCAACAAGAAUCUCCUGAGCAGUCAUCCUUGGGGCUACCAUCCCCAGAACAAAGACUCGAGGGUUCUGAGCAAUGACAAUCCCCUUUAUGAUCUUCCUUGUGACUGCCAUCUCAAGAACAUUUACCCAAGCAACGAGAAUCCCCUGAACUGGUAUCCUUGAGACAACAAUCUCAAAAACAGAUAACUCAGGGACAAAAUGUCAGACAACCAUGCAAGCAAAAUAUCAGCCAGUAGAGAGGAGCAACAGUUAGAAACUAGAAAGCACC